CCUUUGUUCAUUAUCUCCUGCAAGAUGAUGAGUUCUAAUAAGGAGGAGGUCACUUUGGGCGCUUUUCUCCAGUAUAUUGAAGAUAUGGGGAUGAAGGCCUAUGAUGGUUUGGUUAUACAGAAUGCAUCAGACAUUGCUCGAGAGAAUGAUCGCAUGAGGAAUGAAACAAACCUGGCUUACUUGAAAGAAAAGAGUGAAAAACGCCGAAAACAAGAAGAAGCAAUAAAACGCAUAGGUGGAGAAGUAGUGAGAGGAAAUGAAGGAAGCUACGUGGGGAAGCAUUUCCGCAUGGGAUUUAUGACAAUGCCUGCUCCUCAGGACAGACUGCCACACCCUUGUUCCAGUGGCUUUGCCGUGAGAUCCCAGUCUCUUCAUUCUGUUGGAGGAACUGAUGAUGAAAGUAGCAGCUCUCGUAAGCAGCCACCACCAAAACCUAAGCGAGAUCCCAACACCAAAUUGAGCACCUCAUCUGAAACAGUCAACACUGGAACAACAAGUAAGAGUGGGAAACUACCGGACAGGACCGAAGUGUCAGCCAAACCAAGACCUCACAGUGAUGAAUAUACAAAGAAGAUUCCACCUCCUAAGCCGAAACGAAAUCCAAACACUCAAUUAAGCACAUCUUUUGAUGAAACUUACAUCAAAAAGCAUGGCCCUAUGAAGACACCACUCACUAGGGAUGCGUCCUUGUCACAAGUCAGCAGUCCUGCCCCAGACACAGAGGAGGAAGAGCCUGUUUAUAUUGAAAUGGUUGGGAAUAUACUCAGAGACUUCAAAAAAGAUGAAGAUGACCAAAGUGAAGCAGUCUAUGAGGAGAUGAAAUACCCUAUAUUUGAUGAUGUAGGCCAAGAUUCAAAAUGUCAAUGUGAAUAUGACCAUCACACUUGUUCUUCUCAGUGUGCUACUCCCACAGUGCCUGACCUCGAUUUCACCAAGACUUCAGUGCCAUCUACUCCCAAGGGCUUGCUUUGUGAUAUACCCCCACCAUUUCCAAAUCUGCUUUCUCACAGACCUCCGCUGCUGGUGUUCCCACCAGCACCAGUGCAGUGUUCCCCAAAUUCUGAUGAGUCUCCUCUAACUCCGCUAGAGGUCACAAAGCUUCCCGUCCUAGAAAAUGUGUCUUACAUAAAACAACAAGCUGGAGCUUCUCCAUCUUCAUUGCCGCCUCAUACACCAGGCCAUCAAAAACUGGAGAAAGAGCAGAUGGUAUCUCAUGGAACUAGCACCCCUGGGCACACCUCCUCGCCUCCUCAUCCUUCUACCUUAUACAGAACACAGUCUCCACAUGGUUAUCCUAAAAGUCACUCUGCCUCACCCUCUCCUGUCAGUAUGGGUAGGUCUCUUACCCCUUUAAGCCUCAAAAGACCUCCACCUUAUGACUCUGUACAUUCAGGAAGUCUCUCAAGAAGCUCUCCAUCAGUGCCUCAUUCUACAGCCAGAAAUACAUUGCAAGAAGGAGGGAAGAUGGUAAAUGUCUCAGUCAGUACCUAUGGAUCAUCAUCUCAGAGCAGUUCCCGUUCUCGGACACCUACCAGUCCUUUGGAAGAACUAACCAGCCUCUUUACCUCAGGACGAAGUCUCCUGAGGAAAUCCUCCAGUGGCAGAAGAUCUAAGGAACCUGCAGAAACUCCCCCACCAGCCUGCAAUUUCUCCUGCACGUUUGAUGUCGACUUCUGUGAGUGGGUCCAGGAGCCGUCCAGCAGCAUUGACUGGAUAAGGCACAAGGGACCAACGCCCUCGCCAGAUACGGGCCCUUCCUUUGACCACACAACCGGAGAUGGCUACUACAUCUACCUGCAUGGCGACGAUCCCUACCACGGCUUUGUGUCACAGCUGGUCAGCCCGGUGUGCAAUUCAACGGGCCCACACUGCUUCCGCUUCUGGUAUCACAUGUACGGAGUGGCUGAAACCAUGGCCCUGCGCGUGUAUGUGGCUAAGGACGGAGAGCUGCAGGAGGUCUGGCAAAGUGUUGGGAACCACGGGGACAGAUGGAUCUUGGGAGAGGUCACAGUGCACAGUACAGGAAACUUGCAGAUUGUCCUGGAGGGAGAAUGGGGGGAAGAUUUCCGCAGCGACAUAGCACUGGAUGAUCUGUCCAUUGAAAAGGGAUACUGUCCAGGCGAUGUGAGCACAACACCAGGCCCCAGCACCACCACACCUGUGUCAGGGGAUUCCACGCCAACGCCACAGCCAGGCUCAGGUCCAUCAACACCAAAACCUGGGACACCCUUCCCUGGCAUCACAACGCCACCUCCUCUCUCACCAACAACCACACCGAGCUCAGUAGGUCCAUCAACACCAAAACCUGGGACACCCUUCCCUGACAUCACAACGCCGCCUCCACUCUCACCAACAACCACACCGAGCUCAGUAGGUCCAUCAACACCAAAACCUGGGACCCCCUUGCCAGUCAGCACAACGCCGCCUCCAUACUCACCAAUUCCACCAACACCUACACCAAGUUCAGGUCCAUCAACACCAAAGCCCACAAGCCCAUUGCCUGUCACCUCAGUUAAGCCUCCACAAACACCAUCCACACCUCAGCCAAGCUCAGGCCAUGCUUCCUGUAGUGCCUCUGGGGAUCCGCAUUACAACACUUUUGACCACAGAGUUCAUAAUUUCAUGGGAAAUUGUUCUUACACCCUCUCCAAAGUGUGUAACAUCUCUCAGAAUAUUCCAUACUUUGAUGUGUACACAACAAAUGAGCACAGAGGAGCCAACACCAAGGUCUCUUAUGUGAAGUCAGUGCAAGUGGAAGUCUAUGGCUACCAGAUUUCAAUGCUGAAAAGCAAGAAAGUGAAUGUGAAUGGGACCAGAAUGAACCUACCCAUAUUUAUUGAAAAGAAGAUCAGUAUUCAAAACAGUGGUGGUUAUGUUCUCUUGGAAACUGAUUUUGGACUGUGGGUUAGAUAUGAUGGAAAUCACUAUGCAGAAGUCUCUGUGCCCUCUGAUUACAGUGGUCUGCUCUGUGGCCUGUGUGGUAAUUAUAAUGGUGAUCCAAAUGAUGACAACAUAAAGCCUAAUGGUGACACUGCAAGUAAUUCCAAUGAACUUGGACAAAGCUGGCUUGUACCUGAGAAUAACACAAUAUGCUCCAUCGGGACAGACGACCAGUGUGAUGCUGUGCUGGAGAGUGAAGCAAAGAAGAAUACAGCAUGUGGCAUGAUCACAGACCCAACAGGAAUCUUCAAGGAUUGCCACAACAAAGUGCCUCCAGAGAAUUUCUUCAAUAAUUGUGUUUAUGACAUGUGUUUCACUGACGGACAGGCAACAUCCUUAUGCUAUGGACUGCAGGCCUAUGCUGAGUCAUGUAUCAAUGCUGGAAUAUGUAUAGAGUGGAGAAAUGCUACUCUUUGCCCAAUGUCCUGUCCUGGAGGCAGCAUCUACCAAGGCUGUGGUACUAGGUGUCCCUCUACUUGUGUGAGCACCUCAGAUGCUAAUAGCUGUAGUUCCUUACCAGUGGAGGGUUGCUUCUGUAAGGACGGCUAUGUUCUGAGUGGAGACACAUGUGUGCCAGAAAGCAACUGUGGUUGUGUUGAUGACAAAAACCACUAUCACGAGCUGGGUGAAAGCUGGUUCACCAGUUAUUCCUGCACUGAACGCUGCACUUGCAAUGCUAAUAACAGGAUUGUUUGUUCAUCCUGGGAGUGUGGAGUACGGGAGGAAUGCAGUGUUAAGGAUGGUGUGCUGGGCUGUCAUUCCAGUGGCCAAGUAACAUGUCAGGUGGCAGGAGAUCCCCACUAUUUCACCUUUGAUGGAUUGAUGUACACAUUUGUGGGUACCUGCACAUACACUUUGGUUGAGGUUGUCACCAACAAUGUCAACCCUAUAACCAUCCUUGGCAAGAAUGAAGACCGAGGGCUAAGAGGGGCCACUUACCUGAAAGAAGUCUACAUAGAUGUGUAUGGUAUACGAAUCACCCUUCGGAAAAACAAAGAAAUCCUGCUGAACAGUGAGAGGGUCUACACUCCAGUGGAGAACCGAGUGCGGGGUGUGUCCAUUGGAAAUGUUGGCAGUUACAUAGUAGUGGAAACGGACUUCGGUGUGAUAGUGAAAUAUGAUGGCGAUGACCACCUGGAAAUAACCCUCCCACAGUCUUACUUCUCAAAGGUACAAGGCAUGUGUGGUAACUUCAACGAUAAGUACGAAGAUGAUCUGUCCUUGCCCAACGGUACACUUGUCAGUGUCACACAGUUUGGAAAUAGUUGGAAAGUGGAAGAAGACAGUGAUGCAGGUUGUUUAUCAGACUCAAGAGAAGAUGAUGUUCCUCCUUGCACUGCUGAGAAUAAACCAAUCAUUGAAAGCCAGUGCAAUGUCCUAAAAUCAGACAAAUUCAAAGCAUGUCAUAAUCUGGUAAAGCCUGAAGACUUCAUAAAGAUCUGCACCUAUGACAUGUGUCGGUAUGAUGGCAUGAAGUCUGCUCUCUGCGACAUAGUUCAAUUCUAUGUGGACACCUGCAGGAAUCAAGGCAUCACCAUUACAUGGAGGAAUAGCACAUUUUGUCCAUUGCCCUGUCCAUCCCACAGCCAUUACACGACCUGUGCCUCUGCCUGCCCAUCAACAUGCAAUGACAUUUUUGCCUCUUCCCUUUGUGAGAAGACAGAAUCGUGCACAGAGGGCUGUGAGUGUGAUGAUAAUUAUGUGCUCAGUAAUGACAAGUGUGUUCCUCUCAGCAACUGUGGCUGCAGGGAUGAUGACAACAAUUACUACAGUGCUGGGGAGACCUGGAUAACUCCACACUGCGCCCAAAGAUGUCAGUGUCAGAAGAAUGGUGUCAUCAAAUGCCAGAGUUACGGAUGUGAUUCUAAAGAAACCUGCUUGAUCAAAAGUGGAAAAUACAAGUGCAAUCCAACAGGUUUUGGGAAGUGCCGGAUCAUAGGUGACCCACAUUAUGUCACAUUUGAUGGUUUGGUGCACCACUUCCAAGGGAAAUACACGUAUGUUCUGACUCAGACCAUCCCUGACCUACCUGAUACUCUGACACAGUUCAGCAUCGAAGGUGUGAACUAUCCUCUUCGUCUAAAUCGACGCAUUACUUACCUGAAAGAGGUUGUCAUCAAUGUUUACAAUCACGAAGUACGAUUCAGGGAAGGCAAGAAGAUACUGUUGGAUGGUGUAAAGGUGAGAGCUCCUGUUCGUCCCCAUGAUGGUAUUCGUAUAUAUCAGAGAACAUCAAGAAUUUACCUGGAGACAGAUUUUGGCUUAUACCUGAGCUACGAUGGCGAUCAAAAUGCAGAUAUAAAGCUGGCCAACACCUACAACAACAGAGUAGAAGGUUUGUGUGGUGACUUUGACGGGAGACCUAGAAAUGACUUCACAAACCCAGAUGGUGUUUGGCUGAAGAAUGUGAAUGCAUUUGGUGAGAGCUGGAAAGUUCCUGUGAAAAGAAGAACCUCUCGUUUCAGACGAGAAGCCACCUUGGAAGACGAGCCUAAUGAGGAACCAGAUACAGGGCUCUAUCAAGGCUGCAGCGAAAAUAAGCUGAUGCAAGAAAACAGCACUUCUAAAUGUCAAAUUCUGACUGCAUUGGAUGGUCCUUUUGCAAAUUGUCAUUCUGUAGUCCCACCAGAUUUCUAUUCCACGAGCUGCGUCUUUGAUAUGUGUGUGGAAGAAGAUGGUGCUGACACGUUAUGUCGCAGUCUGAAAGAGUACGUGCUGGCUUGUCAGGAGCAAGGAGUCAAUAUGGAAGGCUGGAGGCAACAGACAGCUUGUGAGAUGUCGUGUCCACCCAACAGCAAAUACAACUCAUGCAUGACUGCAUGCCCAGCAUCCUGCGGCGACAUGACCAGCCCCUCUGAGUGUGAACUGCCUUGUGUUGAAGGCUGUGAAUGUCUCCCUGGCUACGUUCUUAGUGACUCUAACUGCGUGCCUUACAGAGAAUGUGGCUGCACAUACCUUGACAAAUAUUAUGAGAUUGGAGAAGUGUUCACCACUGACGACUGCUCCCAGCAAUGCCAGUGCACAGAGAGCUCCUCUGUCACCUGCUCUAACAUAGCGUGUGGUUCUGAUGAAAUCUGUAACAUUGCAAACUACACUCGUGGGUGCUACAGGAGUGGACCGUGUAUGCCAAGUCCCUGUCAGAACGAUGGAAUUUGCUCUGAAAUAACCAAUGGCACCUCUGACAACUACUACUGUGAAUGUACAGAGCUGUACAUGGGACAAAUUUGCAACAUGGAAAGGAUAGAUGACACAAGCAUCCCAGAGAGUUCUCAGAGCAAUACAGUUGCCAUCGCUGUUGGAGUUACAGUAGCAGUGGUUGCUGUCAUCAUUCUCGUCUCCUCUGCAGUGUAUCUGUACAGAAGGAAGAGAAAGGCAAGUGUUGCUAUGAACUCACGGAAUUCAUCUUUGCACAAGUCUGAGGAUGCAUCAGGUGACAGAGUACAUGAACACAAUUAUGGCUACGUAGUGAACGCCGCAUUUGAUCAAGAUGAACCCCAAAGCACAUACCUGUAGUUAGCAUUUUUUUUUUCAAUUCAUAUGUAUUACUUUCUGCUCUUGUAUUUUAUUAAUAUCUCUAAUACUUUCAGAAUAAUAAAUAAAUAAUUGCAUUUACUGAAGACUUUUGAAGUUUUUCAUCUAAAAUAUAUCUCAGAUCUCAUGUUGUAGGCUCGAACUGAAGUAAGUCAGUUGAGCCCCUCACUGCAAAAAAGACAUGGAGGCCCUGGAGCGUGUUCAGAGGAGGGCGACGAAGCUGGUGAGGGGUCUGGAGCACAGGCCUGA